AUGCUCAAGUGGAAAGCUUUAGCAAGAGCGAUACAAGAAUCCCUGGCUAAAAAUGAGGUUGACUUGACCAACUGCCGCGGGCAUAGCUCAUCAAUGAGCUCGGAUAAGAAAGGAGGAGUGUUCCUAUUGGUCACGCCUGGUUACGCCAUUCCUCCCCAGUCCUUCCCGAGGCUGACAGGGAUUGGUGGUAAAGUGUUCUGCCGUCUUGUCUUUUCAACUUACUGUAUCUUCGUGCUAGGAAAAGCGUCCAACGCUACAAUAAUGUGCAUUGCAAUAGAACGCUGGUAUGCUGUUGUCAUGCCAACCAAGUACAAGGCCAAGUUCGGAAGACGGCGAAUCUAUGGAUAUAUUGGACUUAUAUGGCUAUCUGCAUCCAUUACAGAAAUAUUCGAGUUGUUUAUCACAAAGCUCGGUUCAGACGGCCGUUGCCGAUGGGUGACGCCAUUCUAUGGCGUGACACUUGAGAAUGCGUUUGUUGUGUUACACAUCACCAUCACGUUUUACAUCCCCAGUGUAGUCACAUGGGCUUCUUUUGGCCAUAUAUGGAUACGGUUGCGACAAGACCCAAUGAGAGUGUACCGUGAUGCCUUGCGAAACUUUCCUGGUAACAGUUACUAUACCGUGCUAUCACAAAGCAUCCAUCGCAACAGAACCAUGCAACGUGUUGUGCGCAUGUGCGCAUUGGCGGCUCUGUUCUUGACAGUUUGUUGGCUUCCCAUUGAAACGUUUUGGAUUCUUAAAAAAUACCAGAUUGUUAUUUUAACGCAAGAUUAUUACAUGGGCUUCAGCAUGCUAGCAUUCUUUAGCGCAUGCGUAAACCCGAUGCUCUAUUGCCUUGCAAAUAGGACAUACAGACGCGAGGUGUUCAGAUUGUGCACGAGGCAUUCACGUGUGGUCCCGUAUGAAUCACGUGAUAUGGGCGAUCAGAUUUCUCUUGAAAAUCUACCAGGAAUGAAGGAUUGCACAAAUGCGGUGGAUUCUACUAAUUGA